CUCCCUCCCUCUUCUACUCUCUCCCGCGUCUCCCCCGUCUGUCCUGCUUGUCUCCGAGGCAGCGGCUUCCCGCGCAUGCUCCAUCGGAGGGCGCGAGCUGACAGCUGCGCUCGGCGCCAGCCCGGGCACUGAAGGAAGCAGCGCAGCGGCGACCGCGGGCGCGGGGCGCAGGGCACUGGGCACGGGUGAGACGGGCGCUGCUCCUGGACCCCAGUGGAGGCGGCCUGAGAAGGAGGAAGGGCUGCUCCAAGGGGGCACAGAACCAUUGGAAACAUCCGAUAGACUAUGGCCCAGAGCUUAUGGGAACAUGGGCAGCACUAAAGAGACAGCUAGCCUGCAGUUGUUGCCUCAAGAACCUGGGCCCCACCUGCCACAGGUAGCUCAGUCUGCCUCUCUCUGUGAUCAUGUUAGGAGCUGCCAAACUAUGGACCUGGCCAUGAGGAACUGCUGUGUGAGUGAGCUGAGUCUCCCUAGUGAAGCAGCCAGCUCUGAGCCUCAAGGUCAGCCCAAGAAAGAAGCCUCCGAGGUGAGUCUGGGACCUGGUCACCCCUCUGAACUGGCAGAAUUGGCAUCUGGAUCAGAGAAACAUUUACCACUGAGUCCAAAAGAAUUGGGUCCUAGUGGAAGUUCCCUGAUUUGUUCCUCUGAUUCCAAGUGCCCCAGCCCCUCUCCCACUUGGACCACCAGCAGAAAGGAAGAGUCAGGAAAAGAGGCCAGUUUGGGGCUACCAGAAGAGCCCCUCAAAAAAGAGACUGUAAUAGAGCCUUCAAGUCCACUGCCGGCUUCAGCUUCAGGGAAGCCAGAUCCUGUAUCCUGUGAGAAGGAUCCUACACCCUCGGGGAAAAUAAGUUCUGUGAUUUUGGAGAACAUGGAUUGUAUGUCCCCAGAAAAAAAUGAUCCUGCCUCUGUGCAGAUGAAGGACUCCUUGUCCUCAGGAACAUCAGACCCUGUGUUACUGAGGAAGGACAGUCCUAUGUCCCUGGAGAAGGGAGAUCCAGUAGCUUUAGGGAAAAUGGAUCUCUUGACCCAGAAGGCAUACUCGAUGUCCGUGGGAAAGAUGGACCCUGUUUCUUUAGAUAAAGCAGAUUCUUCACCCUCAGAGAAGGCAAACUCAAUACCUUCUGGGAAGACAGACCACAUGGUCAUAGGGAAAAUGGAUUCUCUGCCUUUGGGGAAGGAGGUUGCCAUUGUCUCAGAAAUGGCAGAUGCUGUGUCUAAAGGGAAAGUACAGCCGGGAUCAUUAGGGAAGGAAGAUUCCACUUCCCAAGGAAAUGUAGAUCCUGUGCCUCUGAGCAAAGCAGAUCCUGUAUCUGCAGGGACAGUACAUUCUGUGGCCUCAGGGAAGGCAAAUUCCGCUUCCCUUGGGAAAGUGGACCCCAAGCCCUUGGGGAAGGAGGAUGCCAUUGCUUCAGGAAAGGCAGCAUCAGUGUCUGCAGGAAAGAUAUAUCCUGGGUCCCCAGGGAAGGAAGAUUCCCCAGGACAAAUAGAUUCUGUGCCUCUGGGCAAAGCAAAUCCCACAUCCUCUGGGGAGAAGAGUCUUAUGUCCUUAGGAAAAGUUGAUCUAGUGUCCUUGGGAAAGGCAAAUUCCAUUUCUCCAGAGAAGGUGGAUCCUGUAUCUGUGAGAAAUGUAGAUCCCAUCUCCUUAGGGAAAGCAGAUUCCUUUUCCCCAGAGAAAGCAAAACUUAUUCCCUCAGGAAAGAUGGAGCCUGUGCUCUCAGGAAAAACAGAUCCCAUCCCUUUGGGGAAGACAGACCCCUUGUCCUUGAAGAAGGAAGAUCCCAUUUCUGUACCCUUGGGGAAGCUGGCUCAUAUUUCCUCAGACAAGGGAGAGCCCAUGUCCUUGGGGAAGACAGAUUCUGUCUCCUUAAGGAAGGUUGAUCCUGUUUCAGACAAAAUAGAUCCCAUGUCCUUAGGGAAGAUCAACCCAGCAUCCUCAGGAAAAACAGACCCCAGACCCUUGGAAAAGGUUGAUCAUGUACCCUUGCAGAAGGCAGAACUCACAUCCCCCAAAAAGGAAGACGCUAUAUCUUCAGAGAAGUUGAACCCCCUGCCCUUACAAGUGGAUCCCAAGCCUUUGGGGAAGGCAAAUCCCAUAUCUCUGAAGGAAUUGGAUGCUGCAUCUUUUGGGAAAGCAGACCUUGUGUCCUCUAAGAAGUCUCCAGCCUCAAAAGAACUUCUCCCAGAAAACUCAAGUCAGAACUUAGCCUCCCCCAAACCAGAGACAAUACCUUCUUCCUCUGACUCCCAGAAAUGGAACAAAGAAAUGGCUAUUUGUGGAACCCCCCAGGACACCCAUGCAGAUUUCAGCCAUAAGGCAGCAACAGCACUCCUUGCCACCGGACAUGGGAUCCCCUUAAUGCAGGUCCCUGGAACCCAAGAAAUCACAGAGGAAUCUCAAAAAAUUGUGUCUGCACCCCCAAGCCAAGGAUGGUCCUUGGGGUGUUCCCCACAAUCAGACCUGCAGAAGAUGAACCCAGCUGGCCCUACUGGGACUGGAGCAGAGGGAAUCCCACUGAGCCCAGAGGGGAUCCAGGAGCUUCCCGGAGCCCCACAGAAAGCAAUGGGCCCAACUCCAGUCAGGGAAGUCAGGACUAGGGAUAAUUUCACCAAAGUACCAUCCUGGGAUGUGAGCACUCCCCAGCAGGAUGCUGGCACCCAGGCAGACACUCGAGCUGCCUGUGUGUCCGUGGCGGUGAGCCCCAUGACUCCCCAGGAUGGCUCGGGCCCCACGACCUUCAGCUUCCAGCCCACUGCUCAGAAUGCUCCAGCCUCUCGCAGCCCGGGCCUCCUGCUAUCCAAGAAGGAUGUGGAGAUGCAGGUGUCCAUGGGUGUGGAGACCCGGUCAGUAGCCACUGGCCCCAUGACCCCAGUGACCACAUCUCCCCAGGCCUCUUAUCCAGAAGUGCAGGUGCGAGCCGCUGAGGAGGCCCCUGAGCCUGUGCGGGAGGUCAGCUGGGAUGAGAAGGGCAUGACAUGGGAAGUGUAUGGGGCCUCCAUGGAGGUAGAGGUGCUGGGAAUGGCCAUCCAGAAGCACCUGGAAAAGCAGAUCGAGGAGCAUGGGCGGCAAGGGGGGCCCUCUGGGCCACAGCUACCUGGCACUCGAGCCGGCUCUCUCAGAGGUGGCCCCCGGCCCGGGGAAGCCACGCCCCCCCAGCUUGUUCAGGUCCCUGUUGCAGAGCAUGCGGAGGCCUCGGUGCUGCUCCCGGGCCGGCCCUACAGCCGAGUGAGCCACCCUUCACCCCACCCUGGCCCUGGGUCCUCCCUGCUCCUUUUUAUAAAUCUACACCAGUGUCUUGUGGUUUCUCAGGCAACAUCUCACCUCCCACACUCUUCCCCCACUCUCUCACCUCCUGCUGCAGCCUCUGAAGAGUGAAUCACUCACUUUCACAGAACCACACUGGAGGUCAGAGGAAGACUGAUCCCAAAGCACCCAGGACAGGUCCUCUGACCAGCCUAUAGUCAUCCCUACCCCUGGGCCUGGGUUCUCCCUUUUGCCUCCCUCAGUCCCAGAGGAAUAGGUUCACCAAGGAACUAAACAUAGCCAGGGGCCAUUAGGGAACCUUCUCAAGCCCCUCCCUCCAUCCUGGGCCCCAGGCAUCCUCCCUCCUAUCCUGGCACAAGCCUUUGCACCUGCAUCCGGUGUCUCUGAUCCCAAGUAGCCCUUCAGGUUCUCUCCAUGCCCCAUUUCACUCCAGCCCCAGGCUUGGAAGUGGCCUUGGAUCCAGUCACUCCUCUGGAUUCCUGGGCUUCCCCCUCCCCAAACCUUCUUGGCUAAGCCCCUGAGACAGGAAGGGGAGAAGAGAGGCUGUGGUCCCUACCCUAGGAUCACAAAGUCCUGAGAAUAGCUGGCAUUCUUAGUCUUAUGCGCUAAAGCUGGCAAAGUAAGACACAUCUGUCCUCUCCCUUGGUCCUUAUGAUGGCCCCAUGAGACAGGAGGGAUGGGACCACAGGUACCAUUGUCUUCAUUUUACAAGUAAGGAAACAAGCUAAAUAACUUUCCCUGAGUCUCCCAGCUGGGAGGUGUCAGAGGCAGGAUUUGAAUUCAGGUCUCUCAAUCCUAAAUCCAGUAUCACACUGCCUCUCACAAAGGGCUUUUGAUAGGGCAAUGCAUGAGAAAUAUGGACAAAUUGUAGCAGGGACGUGGAGCCCUGAUGUAAGACCUCGUGUAAGAUCUCAGGCGUGUAAGGCUCCGAGUGUGCAAGGCCCCACGUGCACUGCCUGAAAGCUGCCCGUAUUUCUCAGAUGGCAACUGUGUCUCCAUUUCUGAAGCACUCAGCAACCAGGCCAUGUUUGCUUGUGUGACAUGUGUGAUGUAGAGGCUGAUGGCUGGCCCCUCGAGAGGCAGGCAGGGCUUCUUCUUAGGCUGUGCUGCAAAGAGUGGGCUGAGGGGCACCAGAUGUUUCCUCUGGCCUCAAUUUUCUCCUGGUUAGAGAGGCAGAGGAACUCCCCAAGCUUUCCCUUGCUUUCCUCAAUUAAAAUUUAUUUCUAAAUGCUAGGACAGCCUGAUUACCCCCAGUAGCUGUGGCCAAGGCAACUGAGGAGGAGACUCACAGAUUAUAUCAGGGCUUUACAGACAGAUGCCAGGGGUUAUAAAGGGCAAAAGGGGUCACAAGCCAGAGGUCACACAUAAUGAGAAGAGCGAGAUAAUAUGUUAAAGCUUAUAAAGGGUCAUAGAUGAAUUAUGAGCUUGUAAACAGCCUAGAGCUACAAACAAAUUGGAGUUCACAGACAAAAAGUGUUCAUUAAUCAGGGAGCGACAGACUGGGCAGGGAUAAGAGUAACAUAACAAAUUAGUCAGAGAAUAAACAGGUCAGGAUUCGAACCCUGAUGGGACAGGGGCAGUUACAGCUAAAAGCCCUAAGCCUGAGCAAAAGCAGCCCUCCCUGCAAAGGCAUCCCACAUCCCCUGUCCUGGAUAUUCCUAGCUUCUCUUCUUUCCUCUGCUUGCCAUCUCCUGCCUCCUGGGUGUGGUGUGAGCUCCCCCUCCCAUCUAUGGUGACCAAACCAGAACCCCUUAUUCCAGUACCUGACGACUGUCCGACCCCAGCUCCCCCUGCCCAUUGUUUUGGGGUGCAAUUUGUCAAUCUGUACAUUGGUAAUAAAACAUUUCCCCAAA